AUGGCUAUUUUACAUAGAGCCUUGUUUACGUGGUUCAUAUUUUUGGUUUUCCUAAUCCUUCUAUGUCUUCGCCUCGAGUCAAGAACCCAUUGGAAUUGGUUUAUAGUUUUUAUACCUAUGUGGGUUUAUGAUAGUAUUUUAUUAAUAUACGUGUUAUUUCAUAUGGUUUCACAUUGUAGAAAUGGUAUUGAACGAUUUAGAGGAACAAUCAAUAAAAAUGUGUGGUAUAUAGCUGCAAUAGGAUUAAAAAUGGCAGCCCAGAUUAUUAUUUGCAUCAAAUUGGAAUAUACAAGCUCUAGGGUGACUUUACCUAUUUAUGUCGUCAUGACCCCUAUAUGGAUGUUGUUGCCUGUAUUGUGUGUUGAAGUAUUUAUGCAUUUAAUUAAGCAUUCCAGUGGAAGCAGUCGAUAUUAG